AUGGCCUCGAAUAACACCCACCCUUCCACUAAAGCAUUGCAUGCAGACGAUGUCCUAAAUCUAGUCACUGACGUCGCACCCCCAAUCCACCUCUCCACAACCUUCAGAUACUCCAAUGAUCCAGAUCAACUCAUUCUAUCCGAGGAUCCAGUGGAUGAAUUUAACGGCAAGAACUAUGUCUAUUCCCGCGAAUUCGCCCCAAAUGCAACCCGCUUCGAAGCAGUGCUCUCAUCUCUCUUAGGCGGGCAAGCAGUGAGCUACUCAACAGGUCUAGCCGCCUUGCACGCCGCUAUCACACUGCUCAACCCGCGCCACAUCUCCGUUGGCGAGGGAUAUCAUGGCAGCCACGAAGUCAUCUCAGUGAUAUCGCGUCUGUCCGGACUACAGAAACUCGCCCUUGAUUGUCCUGCCGAAAGUCUAGGUUCUGGCGAUGUCAUCCUACUAGAGACACCGGUCAACCCGUUCGGGACGGCGUUCAGCAUCGAGGAAUAUGCGCGCAAAGCGCACUCCCGCGGCGCAUUCCUUAUUGUUGAUAGUACGUUUGCACCGCCUGGACUGCAGGAUCCGUUCCUCUGGGGUGCGGAUAUCGUUAUGCAUUCCGGAUCAAAGUAUUUCGGUGGACAUAGCGAUCUACUCUGUGGCUUGCUUGCUACAAAGCGUGCUGAUUGGACGAAGCAGUUGUUUGAGGAUAGAAUUGCUCUUGGGAGUGUUAUGGGGAAUAUGGAGAGUUGGCUCGGACUCCGAAGUCUACGCACCCUAGAAGUGCGGGUUCAACGGGCUAGCCAGAAUUCAGCUAAGCUGAUUUCCUGGCUUCAUGGUGCUAUGCAAGCUGAGUCUCCUGCUGUGGGCAGUGAGGAGAAGGUUGUUCAGUCGGUCGUGCAGAAGAUUUACCAUGCUAGUUUGCAGGCAGAGCCGUGGUUGCAGAAACAGAUGCCUAAUGGGUUUGGGCCUGUCUUCUCUAUUGUCUUGCACGAUGAGAAGUUUGCCAAGGUUUUGCCAUCUAAGCUUCACUUCUUCCAGCAUGCUACCAGUCUAGGCGGAGUUGAGUCUUUGAUUGAGUGGCGGGCUUUAUCGGAUUCCAGGAUUGACCGGAAGCUGCUGAGAGUUAGCGUUGGGUUAGAGAACUGGGAGGAUCUAAAGGAUGACUUGCUCCAGGCAUUCAAGUCGCUUUUGGCAUGA